AUGACUUCUAAAAGGGAAGUAUUACAUACUCAAGCUAGAACUAUUGUGGCGUCUGUGAUAGACUAUUUUUAUUUAGAGAAGAAUAAUUUUGGACCUCUUAUUGAUUUAAACAAGGUUCUUGAAAGGGUUGCCGCUGCUUGCAAAGUGCCAUACAGGACUGUGCGCCGAAUUAAUAGUGAACUGAAAGAAGUAACGAAGGACGUCGGAAGUGAAUGUGGCUCUUUAAGCCGAGUCGUAAGUGCUACAAACGACUUCGAAGAUGAAGAAACACCUGUUUCAAAGAAAAGCCGGACCAUCAUCCGUACACCGAGGAAACCCCGUCGUAAGUCGUAUAAUAGCCAUGUUUGUAAUUUAGACGACUUUCAGAAAUCAGCUAUCCACCGACACAUCUUAUCUUAUUAUGAAAGAAAAGAGGUACCGACACUUAGAAAACUUAUUGUCUCCUUGAAAGAUGCUGAUCUGUUUCAUGGCAGUAGAUUUUCAUUAGCUAAAAUACUUAAAGCGAUAGGCUUUGUAUACAAAAAGUUUAAUAGUAGGAAAUGUUUGAUGGAAAAACCGUCAGUUGCACUCCUGAGAUGCCAGUUUCUAAGAAAAAUUCACAAUAUAAAUCCUGAAAACAUUGUGUUCUUGGAUGAAACUUGGAUAAAUGCAAAUUUAACGAAAGACAAAGGUUGGACUGACGAUUCAGUCAAAGGAACCCUGAGUACCCCUUUGGGAAAGGGUAAACGUUUGAUUAUUUGCCAUGCGGGGGGACAGAAGGGAUGGAUAAAUGAUCCACCUCUUAUUUUUGAAUCCAAAAAGACGGGCGACUACCAUGAAGACAUGAAUGGCGACGUUUUUGAGGGAUGGUUCUUUGAGGUUUUGCUACCAGCAAUCCCCCCUGGAAGUGUGAUUGUGAUGGACAACGCGCCGUACCACUCAAGGGUAAAAGACAAAGCGCCAACCACAAGCAGCAACAAAGCAGAGAUGGUGAAAUGGCUGCAAGAUAAACAAAUACCGUUUAGUCCCGACUUGAGAAAAUGGGAAAUCUAUGAAGUUGUAAAGCUACAUAAACCACCCCAGCCAAAAUAUGCAAUCGAUGCAAGGGCGGCCGAAUUAGGAUACUCGGUGAUUCGACUUCCGCCAUACCACUGCCACUACAACCCCAUAGAGAUGGUAUGGGGGUAUCUCAAAGGGUACGUAAAAGAAAGAAACAAGACUUUUAAGUUGGGUGACAUCCAGAAGCUGUUCAUGGAAUCAAUCAGCACCGUAACGCCAGAACAGUGGAAGAAGUACGUGGACCACGCCAAGAAAUCUAUCGACGCCGACUGGACAAGUGAGGGGCUGAAUGACUCUAGCAUCCAGGACUUUAUCAUCAACUUGUGUCCAGAUGACUCCGACGAUGGAUCAAGUGACAAUGAUGACGAGUCUGAUGAAGAUCUGGAUAUUUUUCCUUUAGACUAG